UAACUUCGGAAAAUCAUAAUCAGAUGUCUCUAGAUACUUCAUGAAUUUCUUGGGACAUGUGUAGCCAGGGGGUGAAAAAAUGGCCACCGAUCUAAGGUUUAAAAAUAGUCGUCUCCCUACCUGCUGAAAAGUUUUUGGCAAGCAUGUGCAUAUGGUAGCAGAUAAGUUUUCUUCUCGAAAGGGAAUUAAGUAAUCUCGUGUGAAUUUAGGAUAAAGGGUGAAAUUAUGGCUUCAAGAGUAACCAAUUCCCAAGCGCUCGGCACAGAUGGGACUGAUUUUUUACAUAGGCAACGAGUCGCUGCACAAUAUCAGUUUAGCGCAAUGAACAAGUCAAGAUUAAAAUACUGCAUAUUUUUUCACUACCUAUUAUUCUUCGUAAUGCUGGCCAAAUUGUCCGCUGAUAUACUUGACCAUUUGGAUAUUUUUGUCCUAGAAAUCGAAGAGCUACAGAUACCUCAGCCCCUUUGGUGGGAGUACAUAUGGUGCACCAGUCUCUUAUUAUCUUUUCUGGCUUUAUCGGCCAUACGUUACAAUAGAAUAAAAACGAUACAACGGUACAUGAUAGGUAUUGUUGUUCUCGGAUAUGGUCCUUUGAUCUAUGGAGUAGUUUACUAUUUCAGAGAUGUAUGGAGCUACUUAACUACUAACGAAAAGGAAAAUAUCCAGAUAUGGCAGGGUAUGCCAUAUGGAUUACUGUGGUACGCGUUUCUACUCCUUGCCUCGCAAGUACAUUUCUUCUCUUUAUAUUUCUCAUGGAAUUUGCAAUCCGCAUGGAAAGCUCGAGGUUCAAGAAAAGUCGACUAAUCUUAAGCCCGACACCUAUUUACACAUAAGUAAAUCAACAGCGAGAGAGUAAUGUGUAUAUCGGAUGUAUGUACAUAAUGGAAAAUGGUUUUAUUAUUAUUAUUUUUUGAAUACUUGUCUCUCCUCAUCUGUCUCAAAAAUGUGUAUAUGUACAUGAAUUAAAAGAAUAUUCUUGUA